AUGGCCGCGCCCGACACUUCCAACCUGACAUCGUCGGCACAGGUGUUCGAAACGCACACGUUACCUCAGAUUCGCGCCAUACACAAGUCCCUCCAUGUCCAAAUCGACGAGAAAGCUGCGCGCCUGCGCACGCAGGUCGGUAACAGCUACCGUGAGCUGCUGGGUACCGCCGACACGAUCGUACAGAUGCGCAAGGACAUGAGCAAUGCGCAAAACGUAUUGGGACGAAUGGGAAGCAUGUGCGGACGGACGGUGGUGGAGAGCAAAGUCGCGGGUCUGGGCAGAUUUCAGGGAGCAGAAGACACCGAGACGGAGCUGAGCCAGACGGCAAGGGUCAGGUUGCUGGAAGCUUGUGCACUGGCUGUCGGACGACUUCUCAAGGGCGGCAAGCAGGGCAAGGGCGAUCGAUUAGUCCUUGCUGCCAAGGUUCUGGUCUUGAUCAGGCUGCUGGUUGCAAGCUUCGGCGAUGCGAACAGAUUGAAGGGCGACAUACAGAAAUCAAUCGAGACCGCGAAGCGGACUCAACGAAGCCUCAAGAACAAGCUGCUGCGGGGUGUCGCGAAGAUACUUGACAAGGUCAGCGACGAUAUACAGCAAGAUGAUAUUCUGAAAGCUCUGUGCGCGUACAGUCUUACAGAGAGCUCAGGUGCCAAGGAUGUUCUGCGUCACUUCUUGAACGUGAGAGCUGAGGCGAUGGUUCUGGAGUUCGAUGUUGAGGAAGAGCAAGAAAGAGGGAGGAACACUGACAAUGUCCUAUGUGGACUGGAUUUGUACACAAGGACUCUGUUAGAUGUUCAAGCACUGGUGCCCUCGAAGCUCGCCGAUGCUCUUGCAAACCUCAAGAAAAGUCCACUACUGGCUGAUGAUUCGUUGAAAGCACUCGAAGGCCUUCGUUUGGACGUCUUUGAAAGAUGGUGUGGAGAUGACAUUCAGUAUUUUACUCCUUUUAUACGGCACGACGACUUGGAUGGAAAGCAAGCCAAGUCAAUGCUUACGAGCUGGGCGAACAAAGGGGGCGAAAUAUUACUCGCAGGGCUCAGUAGGACUUUGGAACAUAUGUCUGAGUUCAAGAGCAUUAUUGAUUUGCGAACAAACGUAUUGCAACACUGGAUCAGAGAUGGAGGAAAGGCUAGGGGCUUCGACCCUUCUGACAUGUUGGAUGGUCUACGCGAUGCCAUCAACGCACGACUCUUGCAUGUUUUAGAUACCAAGGUCUCCAAGCUUCGUCUCAUCGGCUCGGAAGUCACAUCGACACUGGAAACAUGGCAAAAUGGAGCCAUCGACACUCGCCAAAGUCUAUGGGACGAGGAGAUGCUCGAUAUGGACAUUUCCCUUGGCGCAAGCCAUAUCAAACACGAAGUCGUUUCUCGUCUCCAUGGUAGGAACGACGCCGUAGCGCGGGCUGUCUCUAGCUACGAGUCGUGGUACAAUCUCAUUGAUGAUGUCGGACAGAUUGUCCAGCAACUUCGCCGUCAGCGCUGGGACAAUGACGUGGAUGAGAUUGAGGACGAUGAGACCAUCGAACUGCGACAAGAGCUCCUCAGCAAGGAGGAUCCACAGAAAAUCGACGACCAGCUUAACAAGAAUCUGGAACAGGCAUAUCAAAACUUGGAUGGGCAACUGGGUAAACUCUGGCAAGCGCAUCAAGAUGAUGCCAACAGCGGCCAAAUUGCUAUGUAUUUUCUGCGGAUUAUACGUAGUGUUCGAAGCCAAUUACCAAAACUGGACAAUGCCAAGUCAUUUGGUUUGGGGAGCAUCUCCUCGCUGCAAGAAAGGCUGGCCAUCCAUGUUGUGAAAUCGCCCGUCGAAGACUUCGUAAACACUGCUUUAACGCGGAAACGAGUUAUUGGCCGAGUGCUUUGGGAAGGUGAGCCAGCCUUACCUGUCCAGCCAUCGCCGGGCUCCUUCAAGUUGUUACGGAACUUGGUUGCCUCGAUGGGCGAUGUAGGUCUCGAUUUGUGGAGUCCUGCAGCACUAUCCGUCAUCAAGAAAGUAGCCAGUUCCCAACUCAGUGAUGUCUGGCGUGCCAAGCUUGAUGAACCAAUAGAGGCCCAGGUAGAUAGCGAGAAACUCAGUUCAACUGGGGAAGACGAAUCGGCGAACGAAACUACUGAGGAUACCGAGAGUGUAAAGCCAAAGGACGAGGAGCCAGAUGUCAGACACGAUCUCCUGAUACAGUGGCUCUAUGAUAUUUUGCUGUUACAAACUAGCUUGGGCACGGAUAGCAGCCCGAAUGAGGACCUUGUGAAAUUGGCAGAUGUAGCCUUCCACAAGACAGGACUCCCUGAUGAAGCCAGGCAUAAGAUGGUGAAAACCUCACAGGAAUAUUGGAGAAGAACAAGUCUCUUGUUUGGGCUUCUUGCGUGA